GUGGAGAUGUUGGCGUGAAUAAUGAACCGAAUGAACGCAGGUGGAUGAUUCUUCAGUCUGUUGUUACUAAAUAUGCGCACCUUCUACUAUGUCUAAAAGCAAGGCAGGUGGGUUUAAGGCUCCUUAUGGCAACCAAAAGAGAAAGGAUGGAGAGGGGAGAAGUUGUGUGCGCUACAGAUGUAGCCUGACCAACACCAUCCUGGAUGUCCUUCAACAGAGACCAGGCUGGGUUGAAGUUAAGGAGGAUGGAGAGUGGGACUUCAACUGGUGUGAUGUGGGUUGGCUCAGAGAAAACUUUGACCACUCAUACAUGGAAGAGCAUGUUAGAAUAUGCCACUUUCGGAACCACUACGAGUUGACACGUAAGAAUCUGAUGGUAAAGAACCUGAAACGUUAUAGAAAAACCCUUGAAAGGGAAGGUGGCCGUCUAGAGGCAGCCAAAUGUGACUUCUUUCCACGAACCUUUGAACUGCCUAGCGAGUACCAUCUCUUUGUAGAAGAGUUUAAGAGAAGUCCUGGCAGCACCUGGAUCAUGAAGCCGGUGGCACGUUCACAGGGAAAGGGGAUAUUUCUUUUUCGCAAACUCAAGGAUAUCAUGGAAUGGAAAAAGGAUGGUACCCGCUCUGAAGAACAAAAAGAUGAGGCUCAAGUUGAGAGCUACGUUGCCCAGCGUUAUAUUGAGAAUCCUUAUCUCAUUGGCGGGCGAAAAUUUGACCUGAGAGUCUAUGUUCUGGUAACUUCAUACCUGCCCCUGAAAGCCUGGCUGUAUAGAGACGGUUUUGCCAGAUUCUCCAACACCAGGUUCUCUCUCAGCAGUAUUGAUGACCACUAUGUCCACCUUACUAAUGUGGCAGUGCAAAAAACAGCACCAGACUACGACCCUGAAAAGGGUUGCAAAUGGCAGAUACAACAGUUGCGGCGUUACUUGACGGCAAAGCACGGCAGCGAAGCAGUCGAGACGCUUUUUAAAGAGAUCGACAACAUAUUCAUCCGCAGCUUACAGAGUGUACAGAAGGUCAUCAUUAAUGACAAGCAUUGCUUUGAGCUGUAUGGUUACGACAUUCUGCUAGAUCAGUCUCUUAAACCCUGGUUAAUUGAGGUGAAUGCUUCCCCAUCUCUUACUGCCAGCAGUCAUGAUGAUUAUGAGAUGAAGUACCAACUGCUGGAAGACACACUGCAUGUCAUAGACAUGGAGGGUUGUCUUACAGGCAAGGAGAAGAGGGUUGGUGGAUUCGACCUCAUGUGGAAUGACGGACCUGUUUACCAGGAGGACAUAAGCUUGGAUGCUUUGGGAGGCACCUACCAGAUAGAUAACACACAUCUUGGUUGUGUGAAUGAUCGGAAGAGACAGCUACGACAGCUUUUGAAGCCUUUACCAGGUCAAAAGAAAGUAUAAAAUAACCUAAAUUCUUACAAUCAUAUUUACUCAUGCACGGUAUUACUGAUUUAAUCUCACACUGUUUCAGUUGUAAGGCUGUACUAUAGUACAUAGUGUAGUUAAAAUAUCAUCCUAAUGAACUAUGGACUGGCACGUUCACAUUUAUGAAAGAAUGACCCGGCAAAGACAAGAAGAUGUGAUGUCAUUGAAAACUUUAUAUUUCUCAUAAAAUAGCUGCACUCAAUAUUGUUUUAGCAAAAUAAAAGCACAAUAAUA